AUGCCUCCGCCUACCCUUACACCCGUCAAGCGUAUUCAGAAUGUCCGCCUCCCCGGCAGAGAUUCAACCUGGGACAUUGCCAUCUCGCGCCCCCAUGAUACUCCCCACAGCAUCAUCACAUCCAUCACCCCGCACCCCAAUGCUCAAUCAGAUCAGACCGCACCACUCGCCCUCCCAGCUUUGACACACCCACACAUCCACCUGGAUAAAGCAUUCAUUCACAACUCCCCCGAAUAUGCAAAUCUUCUUCCCUCCACCGGCUCCUUCGCCGAAGCGUUAUCCUUUACCACGACAGCGAAGCAGCAAUUUACGUGGGAGGAUCUCCUGAGACGAGGAGAAUGGCUGAUUGCAGGUUCUGUCUCUGCAGGGGUCACGGCGAUGAGGGCAUUCGUGGAGGUAGAUCAUACUGUAAACCUCACCUGCCUUGAAGCUGGAAUCGCCCUCAAGGAUGAGUGGAAAGAGGCAUGCGCAGUGCAAAUCGUGUCCUUUGCGCAGGACCCGAUAUUCUCGGGUGAGCACGGGGACCAUAACCGUCAGCUCAUGGAAGAUGCGGUGCGACGGCCGCAGGUGGAUGUCAUUGGGACGACACCGUACGUUGAGUCGUCGGUUGAUGCAUCGAAACAAAAUAUUACAUGGGCCAUUGAGCGUGCCCUAGAGUGCAGAAAGCAUGUCGACUUCCAUCUCGAUUAUAACCUCGAUACCGGGAAGGAAGCACUAGUAUGGUUUGUCCUGCGCACGCUGAAGGAGAAGGGCUGGACAUUGCAGUCAACGGAUAAGCGGGUCAUGCUGGGGCACUGCACGCGGCUGACGCUGUUCAGCGAUGAAGAAUGGGCGCUUCUUGCACAAGAGAUCCGAGGCAAUGACCUUCCGGUCAGCUUUGUUGGGCUACCGACGAGCGACAUGUAUAUGGCCGCUCCACCAUCCUCGAAGAGCCAUGAUCGACCACGGGGUACAUUGCAGGUUUUGGAGAUGAUAAACAAGCACAGUUUGGACACGGUGAUUGGGAUCAACAACGUUGGUAACGCAUUUACGCCUUGGGGCUCGGAAGACCCCCUGUCGUUGGCGUGUCUUGGAGUGGGUAUCUAUCAAGCUGGGACCAAGGCAAAUGCCGAGCUAUUGUAUGAAUGCGUGUCCACCAGAGCUCGCGCAGCAAUCGGGCUAUCGCCACCAGAGGCUAGCCUUUCUUUGAAUCAGGGAAGUCGUGCAGAUAUCCUGCUGUUUUAUGACGUGGACGACACUGGUAGUAACGUGUCAAGACCGCGACAUGGUGUUGCAGGCAUCGUCUGGGACCCUCCAGCGAAGGCUAGUAGGGAGCUCGUAGUUGGUGGCCAGCUUAAGGCUUCUCCAUGUUCAAUAUGUCCGAAAUCUGCGUUUUGCUUCGCGUAG